AUGCCAGAUGCCGAUCGCGUUGCACAGAUAGAGAAGGAGCAUGCAGAAUCGAAUAACCCACUGAAUAUUCACUAUGACCAUACCAAAGAGGUUCGGACGACCGGGGCUGGCUUCUAUAAUUUUUCCGCCGACGAAGAAACUAGGCGGGCUCAAAUGGAAGAACUGAAGACGACGAGAAAGGAAACUGAACAGGCUCGUGCGGAUGCCGGGGCUGUUGAUUUGAGACCAGGGGAAGUAGAAGGGCUGGUCGGAGAAGCACAAACAGGGAUCGUGAAAAGUAGAGCAAUGGAAAAGAGGAAGAGAGAAAUUGAGGAAAGGAGAAAGAUGGUGGAAGCCAAGCGGAGGAAAGUAAAGCCUACAGACGACUUUUCGCAGCACAAGGCCGAAGCUCAACGACCGGAAGUGUUUGUGGCGACUGCAACCGACCCUUUCGCAGCAUUAGAAGCAGCACCAAAAUCUAGGGAGGAGAAGCAAAAGAUCAAGUGCAAAGAAACGACUGUUGGGGAGGUUCCCAAUGAAGCGGAUGCAUUUCUCGCUCGAUUAGAGAACGAUAUCCUGAAGCGGAAACGAAAAUAA